AUGUCUCUGACGGAGCUAUCCAUCGACAACACAGCUCGCAGCAAGGCCUGCGAGGCCGAAGGCGGGUCCUCCUGGCUCACCGUAACCAGGGAUGGCCCAUUGUUGCAUUGUAAGGCUAGCGGAUGGCGCCGCGAUGAGAAUCCUGGAAGAAAGCAACAUCAAUUCGAUCCUGUCGUCGUCAUCCGCCCCCGUCAGGACCCCACGCAAACCGACGAAACUGAGGCAGACGCUACCGUCUUCAUCACCUCAACCGUCGCCGGCGUGGCCACAUUGACUGUCACCAGGUCUGAAUCAACGUCGUCGGUAUCAUCGUCAUCAUCAACAACAUCAUCCCUAGCGUCACACUCAUCACGCUCAUCAUCAUCCCCCUCUUCGUCCUCCCCAAGGGAAACAAGGAUAAGGACAAGGACAGCGACAAGAACAGAAACCUUGACCUCAACCUCAAACUCAACCUCAAACUCAACCUCAAACUCAACCUCAAACUCAACAGAAACCUCAACCUCAACACUGGGUACCACUGUACCCUCACCACCCACCAUCUCUCCCACACCCUCCUCCAAUCAUGACCACCCUCCGGCGGCCACCCCCGUCAGCAGCAACGGGAUGACCAUAUCCGUCAGCGCCCUCGUCGGCAUUGUCAUCAGCUGCGCGAUCGUCGUGAUCUUUGCCGCGCUCGUCCUAUGUAUGUGGUGGGGCCGGCAACGGCGGCAACAAGGGGAAGCGGGAUGGGGGGGAAGAACGUUGAUCAGCCGGAGCGGUGCUGACGAGCUGCUACCGCCGGGAAUGGAGUCGGUGUUUAAUCCGAUGACGCAGAGCGGACCUGGAAGUGUCUUUGAUCGGACUGAGGGUAUGUAUAGCCUGGCGCAACCUUACGUAGAAUCCGUCUCGCAUGAAAACAUUAUAAGCCAGUGCCUUGCGUUAUCUAACACCGCAUCUCUAGGGCGAAUGGCCAGGGUAGACAGUAUGGUCGGGCUCAGACAAACUCCUCGCCAGGGCAUAGCGGCCAGCAACGAGGGGAACAAAACCUCUUCCACCAGAACCCUCGCGCCUGGUGAACCAUGGGAGGCCUCGGCCCCCCCUAGCUGCGGCCCAGCCCUAAGCCUAGGCUCGAGUUCAAUUGGGCUUGAUUCGAAGUCCGUCCAGGCCGCUGAGACACAUGCAAAGGGAGAAACAGAGACGGAGGCAAUCGGCAAGCUUGGACUUGGAAGUGACGGGUCCCAACUAGGGUUCCGCGGUUGUACAGGAAGGGUGGACAUUCUCGAUGCCACACCUCGGGCGACGCUGAACUCGACGGAGCAGGAACGGAAGGCGGGGACGUAUGCGAAUAGUUGGACACGGUUCCAGAAUGUGCAGUUGUGA